GGGAACCGCACGCCCGGUCCCCGGCGAGGCGUGCUCGCCUCGGGCGUUCCCGGCUCUGCGCCUCCGGGACCGAGCGCUGCCCUCGGAGGUCGGCCCCCGCAGCCGGCCCGGGCCCCGCCCACCUUGGCCGCGGGUCGCAGCCGCCACGAGCCGGAGCCGGAGCCGGAGCCGGAGCCGGAGCGGGAGCCGGAGCGGGAGCCGGAGCGGGAGCCGGAGCGGGAGCGGGAGCCGAGCCGGAGCCCGGGCGGCCGCGGCCCCUUUAAGGAGCCGCCGUGCGGAAACCCGAGCCCGCAGUCCGGGCGGGCGCGGCGGCCGCGGCGGUAGCUGUGGUCUCGGGCUGCUCCCGCCCGCCGAGCAGCUCGCGGGGGGCUCUGGCCGCAGGACCAGGCUUCGGCGGCGCCCGUCGCUCUCCCGGCCCGUGCACCGCCGCCCGCGCGCCAGGCGCCCCGGGACCCGGCACAGAUAAUCUUGGUUUUAUUAGGAUUCUUGGCCUAAUUGUUUCUUAGAAAUUAUCUAAUGAACUCAUAUAGAUGAGGAAGUUGAGGCAUAGAGAAAUCAGCUUGAAGAAAUAUGGACACCAACACCAAAGUGGUCUCCAGCACUGUUUUUACCAGCUUUUUCACCUUUCAGCUUCUUUUCUACUUUAUAAGUUUCUGGUUUUCAGCAAAAGUUUCUCCAGGUUUUGUUAGUCUCAGCUUUGAGAAGAAGAUUGAAUGGAACUCCAGGGUAGUAUCUACAUGCCAUUCUUUGGUGGUUGGGCUUUUUGGCCUGUACCUUUUCUUUUUUGAUGAGGCUACAAUGGCUGAUCCACUCUGGGGUGAUUCAUCGCUUGUGAAAGUGAAUAUCUCUAUUGCUACAGGCUACCUCAUUUCUGAUUUGUUGAUUCUCAUUUUGUAUUGGAAAGUGAUUGGUGACAAAUAUUUUAUAAUUCACCAUUGUGCAGCGCUGUAUGCAUACUACUAUGUACUGAGGUAUGGAGUCCUGGCAUCCAUUGGGAAUUUUCGCCUGCUUGCAGAACUUUCCAGCCCUUUUGUGAACCAGCGGUGGUUCUUUGAAGCUCUGAAGUAUCCUAAGUUUUCCAAGGCUAACGUCAUCAAUGGAAUACUCAUGACAGUGGUGUUCUUCAUCGUGCGGAUUGCCCCAAUACCUCCUUUUUAUAGUUACAUGUAUUCCGUGUUAGGAACAGAAGCCUACAUAAGGCUUGGAUUUUUAAUCCAAUGUUCCUGGAUCUCUACUUGUGUUGUUUUGGAUAUAAUGAAUGUCAUGUGGAUGAUCAAAAUUACAAAGGGUUGCAUCAAAGUCAUCUCUUUCAUCAGACAAGAGAAAACCAAAAGUAGUCUUCAGAAUGGAAAACUUGACUAAAAGUGGGCUGUUGAUAUGCAUACUUCAGUACUAUCUGCAUUAUAUCUACUGAUAGGAUGAAUUCUUGGCAUGUUCUUGUACUUCUUAUUAAUUAUAUUUGUUAUCGAGGAUUUUAAUCCUUUUUUUUUUUUUUUACCUUUAGAAAAGAGAAACUAAAACUUAGAUUUUAUUCCAAGAUUUCUUUUCUGAUUUUCUUCUGCAAUAUAAGCAUGGAUAAAAUCUUAAAGGUUUAAAUAAAAAAUUACAAAUAUAGUGGUGAAUCUUUUCAGAAAUCUGUUAACCUGCAUUGGUAUUUUUCUCUGUGGAAAGAUGACUAUGCUAAUUGGGUGCACUUAGUUUUAUGUCACCAAUUUUGCUGAAAGAAUGGGAACUGCUUUUAAAUUUGUAAAUAGCUCUCAACAUUUUGUUGUACUGCACUCACUUCUUACUAUGGCUAUCAAUACCCGUGUAGGGUUUAAUUUCUAAAUUGUUAAAAUGUUCUUUUUCUUAGGCUAUUAGAAAUGAUGUAUAUUUUGUUUAGCUAUGUUAUCAUCUAUGAAUGAUAAAAUAUUUUUGCUUAUUUUGGGAAUAUUUAAUUACUUCAGUCACAGAAAAUACUUUAAUUUUUAGAUUUUUCAGACCACUUUAUUUCUAUUUUUAACAUUUUAUCAAAGUAUUGCUUUUUUAUUUGUUGUAAGGCUUAAGAUAGGUCUUACAGAGCCCCUUAAGAGAUGAAUUCCUCUUUCUAAAAAUGCAUGUUACAGAUAAUUAUUUAGGCUGAUGGGAGGAAUUAUUAAGAAAAAAGCUUUAACACUGCUGUCUCUGUUUCCCUUGCACUUUUUCCAUGAAAAAUAUAACCUUUCUAUUUGCUCUAUUUGCAAAACCUCCCCUAAGUUCAGAACCCAACAUCAUCAGUACCAAAGUGUUAUGCAGUAUCUAUCUGUCACGCUCCUAACGUAGGCCUCUUAAUGAGAACAAAACUCCAAAAGAGUCAGAAUUCAUAUUUUAUUCACAGUUUACACCCAUACUUAACCAACAUUUUGAGUGCUUUGGACAUCUGUCUUUCCUAAAGGACAGGAAAAAAAAUAGACAAUUUAAUCUAAAUAUUCUGAUUUUUAACAUCCUUCUCCCGUGUGGUGAUAAAUGGUUGGUGACUCCCGUUUUUUGGGUUUUGGGGUUUUUUUGUGUAUCUUGUAAGUAUAUGUUAACUACUUCUUUGAUUCUUACAACCCAAAUAUAGAAUUAUAAUAGUUAACUAUUAUUGCCUUUAUUUUUCUCAAGUACUUUAAUGAUUGUUCUCACCUAAGGAAGAAAUUUAAUCAGUGACAGCUGCUUGAAUUUAAUUGAGCCCAACCCAAAAGAUCUAAUCCACUCAGUUUCUCAGCUGGUAGGAGAAUGAUUUCCUUUCAUUGUCCAUGUUAUGAUGGUGAAGGGAGGCUGGCUGGAUAGAUCAGACUGAUUUGAUCUGAUUUGAUUUGAUUUGGCUGUUUAAUCCAGAGAGAGCCUGAUAAGUUUUAGAACAUUUAAAGAAAGUAACUGAAAUCUCCGUCAAUAACUCAAUGAGAAAAUCAAAUUUAUUGGCUUAUAGUUAAGUACACUUAUUUUUGAAAGACAAAGUAAUGUAUAGGUGUUUGUUUUUAAAGCUACUAAUAUUAAAUUGAUAAUUUGAUACCAAUUUAGUGCCUUUGACAUCACAGGCACUUAAAUGUGUAUUGGUUGUUUAGAGGGAGUAGGAAAGCACAUGGUUUUAUCUUGUUCUUUUCUUGCUCUUUUGCAAGAAAACUGGAUUUUUAAGUGGAAAAUAUUUAUAUUAGAAAACUAUUUUGGAAAUUAAUUCCUUUAAAAAGAAACAAAAAUUGAAGUAAAUAUUUUUGACUCUUGGGAUAUUUCUAUAGUUUCUGAACACAGAUUUUAAAUCCACCAUCAAAAUGAAGACAAUAUAAAGCAAUAUAUUGCAAUGUAUUGUAAUAUAAAGCUCACUGAUAAGUGAGUUUCCAUAUAGCAGUUUCAGUUUUUAUAGUUGCAAUUUCAUGCUUAAAACUUUAUUUUUGCUUUCAUUAACAGCACUUUUCAUUAGUAUAGCUACUCACAAAACAAGUGUUUAAAAUACAAUGUUUUGAACCAAAGUUCACUAUUCCCUUUAGUCAGCAAAUCUUAUUUUAUGCUGGCUGCAUGACAGCUAAUUCAACAUCCAGAUUCAAUAUCCAAAAGUAGAAGCUACAUAUUUCCUUGUACAACAUGCAUGAAAUGGAAAAGACACUACAAACUGCCAUACUACUUUAAGUCAGAUCUUUACAGGAGCUAUACUUUGCUGUUCUGUGAUUGUAUCCACCUACCUAAGAUACAAGGAGUUAAAGACAGAACAUAUCAUUUAUUAAACGAUGAAUUUUUCAUUUAUUAAAUGACUAACUUUUGCUAGACAUUUUACAUAUUAAGUAUUUUGACUGGAUUAAUUUAAAUAAUUCUAUUAGGCAUUCUGAAUUUAACAACUAUUAAAAUAUUUGUAGAAAAUAAAAGCAAAUUGGUAUAAAUUUUUAAGCAAUUCUAUUUUUAUAGAAAAAGAUUAGUGACAAACCUGUAACUAUAAAGGUGUUCUUUGAAUGUGUAGUCUAAAAAAUAAAAAUUCUUACAAAAUUUUGAAAGUGAAUGAAAAUCAACUAAAUAGCAUGCAAGAUCAUAGAUUCUGCGUCUGUUAUUUGGGAGAAUUUAAAAAUUAUGAACUUGAGUUUGUAGAAUUUGCACUCUUGUGUCUGAAAUCUUUCUAGUAAGUAUUGUUUGCAUUUAUUUAAAACUCAAAAUGGAGUUAUAUAAGUGCAAAGAAAUUAACUCAUGUGUAACUUGUGUCUUGAUGCCUUAUGGUAAGUUAAGAUGUAAUUUUUAUUUCAACUGUUUAGUUUUGUUGUUUCAUGGGCUAGUGCUAUGUUUGGAGAAAUAAUAAUGUCUUUACCAUUCCUAAGGGUGAUUGAUAUACCGAGGAUGCCCCAGUACUAUUGUAAAGGUCUUAUUUUUAAAAACUGCCUAGUUUAUAGGUGUUUGAAUCAAAUUCUUUUCUAAAUUUUAAUCUGUUUGGCUCGACUUCUUGCUAAAGUGUCAGUUUCUAAAUUGUACACUUUCUCUGAGGUGCAUUGGGUGUUCGGAGAACGAUUCUUCACAGAUGUAAGGGCCAGCUUUACAGCUGGUUACACCUUUUGUCAUCAUGCAUCAGAAAAAGUCCUGUCAUGGAGAUAUAUAGGGGAAGUGUAACAUUCAUGUUUGUUCUGUUUCAUUUUUUAGGGAAAUAAACAUGUUCCAAAAGACACUAUUAAAAUAAAUGUUUGAACAAAUUUCAGUUUCUAGGUUACUGCUAACUCCAAUGUGUAAAUAUACAUAUGAAUCAGCUUUCAGUGGUCUAGGCUAUUGCUUAAAAUUGAAAAGUCCAUGUUAAUUGUGGACAUCAUAGUUUUACUUUAUGGAAGACUAUGUAUCUAUCUGUGUGUCUUGGGUUCCAGAUGAAGUGCAUAUAACUUUAUCAGAAAUGUGGCACAGCAUUUCUCCACCAGUAUGAACCAACACAGCAGUGAGACCCCUCCAGUGUUUAGAGAUCCUGGGCACACAAACAAACUGCCCAGCCUUAACCACAGCUAGACUGAUGACAGGCACAAUCCCUUAAAGCUACUGCAAGGGAUUUUUCACACGAAGCAUAUGUGGCAUGUGUGAGAACAAUGAGAAGCCAGCAGGACCUGGAGUUGGAGACACCAUGACUGAUUUUCCUUUAAAAGGCAUGAUGUCCCUUCCUCAUCUAAACGUUGUUCUCUGAAUUCCUUCAGCCCUUCCAACUCAUCCUCCUAACACCCUUAAGACUAUGCCAGCACCUUUCAACUUUUGAGGCUUCCCCAUACCUGUAAGUGUUCUGUUCUGUUGUGGCAAAUUUCAAAGUUUUCAAGUACGUUUUUCAAUUGAAAAAAAGCAUUGCAAUACGUUUAAGUAGAGGUCAGCAAACCAUAAUUGCUAAGAGGCUAUCAGAAGCCAUUUAGUACUUAAUACUUGUUACAAGAUGAAACAAGGCUAAUAAGGUUAUGGUUUUAUUGAGAAAAACAUCUGUAGUCUCUUUCUUAGACUGGCUUAGCAGUAAGAGCUUUAUAUAUAUUUCAGCUAUGGAUUCAUUGUAGACCUAUAAAUUAUCUAAAUGCUCUUCCUUAGACCCCAUGGCAGGAGGAGGAACUGAAGUAGCUCUGUGUUAUGAGGCCGUUAGGAGGAGGGGCUGCCGGUGUGUGGCAGCAUUACUGGGUCCUGCUCUUUAACUGAGCAAAUUUAGUUAUGGUCAUGUUUCUUUUAAAAACAAGCUUACCAGCAAGUGGAUUACUCAGCAUGUUUUACAAGUGCAACACCCAUGGACUAGAGCCCUAUCCCUCUCUAGCCCCGGCCUCAAACUGCCUGUACCAGCCUUGAUAUUAAGUUGUACCUUUAUUUGAAGAUGUUUUGGAUAGCAGUGGAGAACUGAAGGCUAGCUGCUAAAAUUGGUUUGCUUGCAUUGAAAAUGUUUACACUGAGUCCCUUGCUACACCAUAAACCAUGAACCAUUUGUUUGCAUUGAAAAUGUCUACAGCAAACUGGACAGUUUUGAUAUCAGGCCCUAUAUUUAAGACCAAAAACAAUGAGAAGUAUUUCUAAAUCUUAAAGAUAUAAAUACAAUACCUCUGGCUGAAAACUCGUUAAUCAUCAUCUGUAUAUUUUUUCUUUAUAUCUUUACCUAAUUUUUUCUGUAAUUAAGUGUGCAUUAGGUAUUUGCUACUUCUUGGUUAAUGAAGCCUAAAAAUAUAACUGUAAAUAAAAUAUGCUAUAUA